UGCACAGAUUUUGAUAAAUCUCCCCCAUAAUGGGUCAAGCGUAGUCAAAUUGUGACCGUGUUUGGUCCAUUUCGUGAACAUAUAUGCCGUGUGUGCAAGACUCAAACACAUGGUUGUAGAGGCAGAGAAAAAAAAAAGAAGAAAAGAACAGAGAAUGGCGCUAAUUUAGUGGUCCCUCAACAUACAAUGGUAGGUGCACACCAUCUGUAGACAGACAAGACAGGGCUAUUAUUGGCCGGUACAUAGCCUUCUAAUUUGGUGAACAAACAGACCCCGACACCGGUAUCACCUAGAGAGUUCAGCUAAGUAUUUUCAGUAUUACCUGCACUCUGACGUCCUUUCGCCGGGUGGACUCUGCCCUCUGCAUUGUCAACAAGGCUAUUUUCACCAUUUCUUCACCAUUUCACAGUAAUAUAACACUGGUCAACAGCUUUGGCUCCCCCCCCCCCCCUUACCCCUACCUGCGUCAUCCGUGUAAUUUUGUGUUGCUACAGAGAUGCUGAUGGGGUCAAAGAUCACAGGGUCUGCCCUGAGCGGCAGGCCAUAUAAUAGGCGGCUGUAGGAAGUCAGACAUCAGCUCAAGAGAGCCAAGGCAAGUAAACAACCUUCUAAGAGCUCCACAAAGAGAUGGAGAACGGGAUGGAUGCCCUCCACCACUCUGGGGUCCAAAUGGUCCAAUAUCUCCAGAUCAACUACAAGAGUUCCCAAGACUGGUUCAUGUUCAUCUCUUUUGCUGCUGAUCUGAGAAACACCUUCUUCAUCUUCUUUCCCAUCUGGUUCCACCUGUGUGAGUCCGUGGGCAUCAAACUCAUCUGGGUGGCGGUGAUCGGGGACUGGCUCAACCUCGUCUUCAAAUGGAUCCUGUUUGGGCAGAGGCCGUACUGGUGGGUACACGACACCAAUUACUACAACAACAUGACAACCCCCAUCAUCCAGCAGUAUCCUGUUACCUGCGAGACCGGACCAGGGAGCCCCUCAGGCCACGCCAUGGGGUCUGCCGGAGUCUACUAUGUCAUGGUGACCGCACUGCUCACAAUCCUGCUGGACAGGAGGCGAAAGACCACAUUCACCAGCAGAUGUCUCCAGGCUUCUCUGUGGGCCGGAUUCUGGGUUGUCCAGGUUUGCGUCUGUCUGUCACGAAUUUUCCUGGCCGCGCACUUUCCCCAUCAGGUGGUGUGUGGAGUCAUAUCAGGAAUGUUGGUAGCUGAAGUUUUUGGGAACGUUCAAUCCAUCUACAAGGCCACUUUGAAGAGAUACGUGUCUACGACGCUCUUCCUGUUCUUCUUUGCCUUGGGCUUCUACUUGGUUCUGAAAGCGUUGGGGGUGGACCUCCUGUGGACACUGGAGAAGGCCAAGAGAUGGUGCGACCGGCCCGAGUGGAUCCACAUUGACACCUCUCCUUUUGCCGGACUGCUGAGGAAUCUCGGGAUCCUCUUCGGACUCGGACUGGCCCUCAACUCCCAGAUGUAUAAGGAGAGCUGCCAAGGGAAGCUUUCCAACCGGUUCACAUUCCGGAUCUGCUGUAUUGCGACUUCUUUGUUCGUUCUCCAUAUUUUUGACAGCUUUAGGCCUCCUACGAAAGUCGAGAUGGUCUUCUAUGUCCUCUCCUUCUGCAAAAGUGCUGCUGUUCCCUUAGCUUGUGUCGGGAUCGUUCCUUACUGUAUAUCCCAAGUUCUUACCAAGAAAGAGAAGCUUCUAUAAGAGAUGGUCAACCGGCCAUUGUUGUGCAUCCCAUACUGGACAUGUGUAGGACGGUAUUAUUCCAACAUGGUUGCCAUCUGCCGUACGUAGGGUCACCACCUGGCCGGUAUUUUUAUAUUAAAAAUACCGGCAAUGUAAUGGUUGGUAUUUAUCCAACCAAUCCUCCAACUCCCGGAAUGUUGCACCAUAUACUAUACCAGUG